UCUCCCCGAGCUCAACCCCUCGCCCCUCCCUCAUCUACUCGCGCUGAUCUGCUGCUGCUGCUGCUUCACUUGUAUUGGGACUGGGCGCUGCUGCUUCUCCGACUCCUCUCGGAUUUACCUCAGCUAUUUAUUCCCUCCAUUGGACCCGGACAAACAGCCUGGACUUUUGCACGUGGAUUUAGUUCUGUUUAUCCGAGCGAUGUGUCUGGGGGUCGCGGCUGAUGUAGAGACUCCUGUAGCCUCCGAACUGACCCGGGACUGCGUGUAGCGAGCGAGGAGCUGCUGGAACAGGGGCAAGCAGAAGAGUGACCUAUGGAGUUCCACAGACAAUAGAUGUAAAGACGAGGCAUAAAAGAGGUCCAGCCAAUGACAGCCUGGAUCUCGAGACAAUCUGUGAAUACGGCUUAUUGUUUCUGAACCUGAGAUUGUCCCUACCCAGAUGCUCACAUGGUUGAGAGUAUGACGUCACUUUGUAAUGGCUGUGAGAAUGGCACAAUAGCUCAUUCUCAGGCUGUUGAUAAUGUUGACUCGAGAACUUUAGCUGAUGGGACCAACCAUGGUGGAGAACCCAGCACCAACCAAGAGGAUCUGCACAAUGAUAAUCAGAACUCUUCUAAGCUUGUGUACUUUUUUACCACCUCAAAACAACGGACCAACUUGAAUAAUGACCGCCCUCGUUCCAUGAUGGCUGCGGGCAACUCAUCGACGUGGAAUGCUUUGUCUUCCUUGAGAAAGAUGGGCUCCUUCAAGAAACUCAAGUCGUCUGUUCUACAGGGAAUCCAAGCAAAAGAAAAUGCUAAUAUUAUAAGUGACCCAGAGACUGAGUGUCAGAAGUAUACGCCCUGCAGAAUACCUAUAUCAAAAUCCAUGCAGGAUGGAUAUAAUCUGACCGAUGGGUUACAGUCUGACGGAUCAGAUGCAGAGGAAAGCGAUAACUCCUUCUUGAGGAGCACUCAUAGAUCUCGCAGCAUCAGGCGCGCCUACGGAUCUGGCCGUAUUAACUUAUCGGAUACAGGCAAAGCUUGUUCCUCACAAAGCCCCCUCAGACCCUUAUCACCAGUUGGCCACGAGCACAGUAACUGUGAAAUCAUAGUGAAAGACUUAAAAGGCAGUCAGGUUAUUUACAGGCGGAGUAAAAGUACGGACAACUUGCAUUUCCUCAAAAAGAGCUCGUUCAAGCGGAAAUCUACCUCCAAUCUAACGGACAUCAAGUCCAACAGCGAGAAAGAAAUCGUACAAAAGGCGUCACUUAGCACUUCUCCAGAUUCCGACAGAAUGGCCACAACUCCAGAAAGAAGGUCAAAGCGAUGGAGAAGCCCCAUUAGGGCAAAAGACUUUGACCGGGUAUUGAAAAUAAUGAGCAAUGUCACUGAUGGGCAUUGGAAAAGAGAGGGGAGUAGGUGCACAUCCCCGGCCCCUGAGGAAUCCCAUAGAAGUAGGCCAAAUAGUCGUUUGCAUGAUGAUUACUCCAGGAGAGUGUCCAACAGUGCAGACACCGAGAGACAGAGGUCCAAUCUUAAUGCCCCCUCCCCAGUUCCUCUGGCUGUAUGUCGUCUUAGCUAUACUGAUUCCAACAUGGAUUAUCCGGACUCUGAAGCCCAAGGGAAAUCUGCAGAAAGUUGGCAGUGUGCUGAAAGCCUCUGUACGGAACCCUCUAAUAAAUCUGAUACAAGCAGUAGCAUGCAACAGUUGGAUAAUGAGGUUUUCUAUGCAGACAGUGAGGAACCAAAACCUCACACUCCAUCUGCCUCUGGUACCCCUGUAAGACCCACUGCUCCUAAGCCUCAGAGCCCCAGUAUGGAACUGUACAAAUCAGCCAUUUCCAUCCAUUGCCAAAACCACAGCACUUUGUCACUGAGCUCAAUGGAAAGUGAUGAAAGAACAGAACCAGCUGCUCCUAAGCUUGAGAAGAGCCCUGCGUCCUUUAAAGACUCUGCAAAACUGACUUUCUAUGACGAUGGCAAUGAAGAUAGUGGAAUCAGCAGCCACUCUCAGCUGAGUCUCAAUGCGGUCAGUGAAGAGAAACGAGAAGAGGUUGACAAUGAAGAACCCUUCAAGAAAUCGCCACCUCAAGAUGAUGAAAAAAAGGCUGAUCCUCAAAAAGUGGCAUCUCGAAGAUGGAACUCUGCAAAAUGCAGGUCUAGACAGAGGCCACUGUCUGACUACGGUCAGUCUGCUAUCCGUAGCUUCUCCAUUCCAGAAGAUUCUGUUGCCACGGAGUCCCAUGAAACCGAUAAUGGGUGUCGAUUUCCCUCGCAGUCUUUUAGUGCGGAAUUGCGGGAGCAAGAGCAUACCCCUAUGUACCAAGUGAACUAUAGAAGACGUCCCAUCUCUGUAGGUGGGGUCAACUUUUUUACAACGAGCGAGGAUGAAGAAAUGGGAGCUAUGCUUCAACAACCAGUUCCUCGACCCCCAAUUCCAGCCCACAAAGUUCCUCCAUACAAGGCUGUCUCUGCCCGUUUAAAACCUUUUGCCUUGUCCCAAAGCACGCCAAUAGGCCUAGAUCGAGUUGGACGUCAACAACAGCUAAGGGCUUCUAACAUUUCUGCAGAUGGAGGGGCUGAGUCUUCUGCUUUGGUUGAUGACAAUGGGAGCGAAGAGGACUAUAGCUAUGAAGAGCUUUGCCAAGCCAAUCCCAGAUACCUGCAACCAGGAGGAGAGCAGCUAGCAAUUAAUGAGUUGAUAAGUGAUGGCAGUGUGGUGUAUGCAGAAGCUCUGUGGGAUCAUGUUACAAUGGAUGAUCAAGAACUGGCCUUCAAAGCAGGAGAUGUCAUCCGUGUUCUCGAGGCUUCUAAUAAGGACUGGUGGUGGGGAAGAAUUCGAGACCGUGAGGCCUGGUUUCCUGCUAGCUUUGUACGGUUACGUGUCAACCAGGAGGAUGUAUCCGAAAACUCUUGUAGCUUCCAUGAAGAAGAUCAUGACAUGACUGUUUCAAAGUCCCGCCACAAGAAUGCUGAGAACAUGGGCCAGAUGAGGGCUAAUGUAGUUCGCGAAAUAAUGGACACAGAGCGGGUCUACAUCAAGCAUCUUAAAGAUAUCUGUGAGGGAUACAUCAAGCAGUGUAGAAAACAUACCAGCAUGUUCACAGAAGGGCAGCUCAACACCAUCUUUGGAAACAUUGAAGAUAUUUACAAAUUCCAAAAGAAGUUCUUAAAAGAUCUUGAGAAGAAACACAACAAAGAUGAACCCCACAUAAGCGACAUUGGGGACUGCUUUCUCAAUAAUCAAGAUGGCUUUUCCAUCUACUCUGAGUACUGUAACAAUCAUCCCAGUGCGUGCUUAGAGCUGUCCAACCUGAUGAAGCAAGGGAAGUACCGGCACUUCUUCGAGGCCUGCAGGCUUCUGCAGCAGAUGAUUGAUAUUGCUAUUGAUGGCUUCCUGCUGACCCCUGUGCAGAAGAUCUGUAAAUACCCUCUACAACUAGCAGAGUUACUGAAGUAUACAACUCAGGAGCACAGUGAUUACAACAAAAUAAAAGAAGCCUACGAAGCCAUGAAAAAUGUUGCCUGUCUAAUUAAUGAGAGGAAAAGGCGGUUGGAAAGUAUAGACAAGAUUGCCCGCUGGCAGGUUUCCAUUGUCGGUUGGGAGGGACAAGAUAUUUUGGCCAGAAGUUCAGAACUGAUUCACUCUGGAGAACUGACCAUGAUAAUUAAACAAGGAAAGAGCCAACAAAGGACGUUCUUCCUCUUUGACCAUCAACUGGUCUUCUGCAAGAAAGAUCUGUUGCGCAGGGACAUCCUGUAUUACAAGGGGAGAAUUGACAUGGACGAGAUGGUGUUGGCGGAUGUUGAAGACGGGAAAGAUCGGGACUUUAAUCUGAAUAUCAAGAAUGCAUUUAAAGCCAUGAAUCGAUUAACAGACGACGUCAAUCUUUUUUGUGCAAAGAAACAAGAGGACAAACAGAGGUGGAUCCAGGCCUUUCUGGAUGAAAGGAAAAGAGUUCAGGAUGACAAAGAUAUGGGGAUGGAGAUCUCAGAAGACCAAAAGAAGCAAGCCAUGCACAAUGCCAAGAGAUCAAGGCAAGGGAAGAUGAAAGGGGUAUCUUACAAUGGAGUUCCAACUGUGCCCCCUCAUCAGAACUUACACCCGAUCCAUCAGCGUCACAUCACCGUGCCUACCAGCAUUCCUCAGCAGCAGGUAUUUGCACUUGCAGAACCCAAACGCAAGAAUUCUCCUUUCUGGAGCACAAUCACCAAGCUUGCUCCAUUCAAGAAAUAAGACUCUGCACUGGGAAGCCUCUAAAACAGAGUCCUUCUGCCCUCCAGGUGGCACUGUACUUGGUACUGGGUAUUGGUCAGCAGCUGGCAGUGGACUGUAACCCUGAUCUAAAAGGAGAACUCUUUUGUGGACAAUUGAAUUCUUCAUCCAAGCACAAGUUCAGCAUUUCAAGGUUAAAUUCCCUGGAACGGAGAAUGGAAAUCGCCGAAUUACACAAAAGAAAAUGAAGGAUCAAAAAAAAGAGAAAAACAUGAAGAAACGCCAAAAAAUGUGAAAAAACUUGACACAAAAGAGGGAUUUAUCGUGCCGUGUGUAAUAUAAGAAUGUUUUGAACACAAAUACUUCUAGUGACUAUUUAAUUUAUUGCUAUGGACUGGCUGAGCUUGGUUUAGGGGUGUUUUUGAAACUGUAAAUACUGUUUUUAUUCAUUUGUAAUGAAAUUGGCAAGAUUAGCUUGCCUGCGUUCUUUUCCAUGGUACUGAAUGGCAUUUUUAACCUCAAUGCCAAAACCUCACCGUCUUUCAUGUCCUUAGUGAAUGCAGCUUAAAAAUUACACCGCCUGGUUUUAUUUAUAAAGACGGUUACUGAAAGGGAAGUAAUCCUUGCCGCAUAGUAAGUGUCUUCAAAUAAAUAUGCAACAUCGACCCUUGGCCACAUUGCAUAGUAAGCCUUCUGCUUCCAAACUGACGCAGGGUACAUUGUAUUGGGGUUUCUUUUCUUCCAGUUGCAAGAUAUUGGCUGGUUGCAAAGGUAGACUUCCCAUCAUCCCACUUGCUAGCUAUACUGUAUGCUGGGAAUUGUAGAUGUGCAGUAGCAUCAGUAAAGGAGAAAGGUUUCCUGGGUGCCUUUUUUUUUUAAAGUCACAAUUACGCCCUUAUGCCAAGGGUGCUGGUCGAGUGUUUUGUUGUUGCGUUAACAACAAAUCUUGUUUUCCUUUAAACAGGUAUUUAAGGGAAUAACUUUGUACACAGUGACCAGUAGAAGCUGCCAUAUUCCCUUGGAUAUGGUAAAUAAAAGGGCAGUGGCGCCUGGGACUACUUUAGGUGUUUUAAGCACCACAUUUUUGGAAGCCCAAAGCAGCACCCACUUAGAAUUUAAUGUGUAUCACAUGACAAGCACUCAUGUUUGCCCUUGUCAGGCCUUAGUAGCAUAUGUACAUCUUCCACUAUAUGUGUGUUUCCAGGCUACAAUCACCUGGCAGUUGCUGACAGCAGUAAUUGUUUGUUAUGUCAUUUAUAUUAAAGUUUAUGGGGGUGACUUUCUAGUGGUGCCAUGUUUUGAGGGUAGCAAAAAAGAACCAAUUGUGCCACAAAACUAACAGAGUGCUCUAUAAUCAACUAGAACUCCACCACCAUGUGACCAUUAGGCAGGCAAUAUGGCAGCCCCUGGGGUUUAAUGAUAAAGAUUAAAGGCUCUGCCUACUGCUGGAGGGCCCGAGGGUAUAUGCAGACCGUUCGGUUCCUGAAUUAGGGUAAGGGCACACCUGGUGAUUCGGGGAGAUUUAGUCACCUGGCGAGUAUUCGCCUCGUGUUUGGGGCGACUAAUCUCCCCGAACGCCUUCCCUCUGUCUUGCACCAGCUAUAAUGAAAAGUCGCCUGCGGCAUGGCACACGCGACGCUUCGUAUUCCGAAGUCGCUCGAAGUUUCCUUGUGAGGCAACUUCGGAAUACGAAUCGCGACUAAAUCUCCCCAAAUCGCCCCGUGUGCCCUUACCCUAAUGAUUAAAUUCAACAGAAACGUGCAGUCGGUUCAAGCCUUCUCCUUGGAGGUCCAAUCUUUGUUUAAACUCCCCUUUAGCUCAUGACAAGGUUAUAGAUACAGGAAACCAUUGGUGUAUCAGCCAUUCAUCAAUAGUUUCAGAUUAUCUAGGGGAGCAAAUACAUUUUGCUCCUAAGUGGCCUUUUAGCUGGGCCUUCAUGUGUAUCUAGGGGAGCAAAUUGCUAUUCUGCCCAAAUUUGAGAACUGGCCUUCAGACCUCAGCCAUAACUCCCAAGAUCUCCCCAGGAGGCAGCACUACAGUUUGGGAAUCACUGCAUUACAGGCUUCCAUUAGCCUAGGCUUAUAAAUCCCUAGAAUUUUGCUAAUCUACGUCCGUUUGUUACAAUGACCAAAAGCCUGGAAUUUUCAGGUGAUUCCUGUAGCUUUAUGCUCAGACUCACCUCUCAUCUUAUCUCUCAACAAAAGGUUCAUUUGCACAAUAUUCCCUUCACACUAGUGCCCUUUAGUCUUUUUUUUUUUAAAUCUAAAAAGUGUCUGCAUUCAUAAAAUCCUUUGUAAAUUUGACAGCUGUUCCGUUGGAGAAAGUGUAUGAUGUAUCUAAGACAUGCUAUUUAUUUUGUGUACCUAACAAUGUUCUCAUGUUCACGCAUGCCUAUUUUUCAUAAUGAAAAAGACGUAUUUUAAUUUUGUUGUUGUUUCAUGGGCAGAGAGAAGGACUUCGUAACCAUCAAUGCAAACGAGUGUUAGCGCUGGAAUGUUUUUUGUUUCAGAGUUAAUAUGAAACUGUUUUUUGUUGGUUUUUUUUUUUAAAUAUUUUUAACGUUUGUAUUUUCGGAGACUCUUUCAUAAACAAAAUGAUUUCACUGUAACAUUUCACGUGACAUGAAAUGUUCCAAGUGAAAUUGUUCUUGAACAUUUAAACCUGA